AAAGUUAUCGAACGGCGCCCCCCUCUUUUAUUUCUCCUCCAAAUCGUCCCACCAAAUCAUCAUGGAUCCCGCAAAGUUGGCUAAACUCCAGGCUGCUGCUGCUGCCAACAGGAUCGGUGGAAAGGGAUCGGUUCGAAGAAAGAUUGUGCGAAAAACCAAGCCUUCGGGUGCUCAGGACGACAAGAAGCUUCAGGGGGCCCUCAAGAAGUUGAACGUCCAGCCCAUCCCCGGCGUUGAGGAGGUUAACAUGUUCAGGGAGGACGGAAACGUUUUGCACUUUACCGCACCAAAGGUGCACGCAGCCGUAACAGCCAACACUUUUGCGAUCUACGGAACCGGCCACGUGAAGGAGCUCACAGAACUCGUUCCCGGAAUCCUCAACCAAUUGGGCCCUGAUUCGCUCGCAUCCCUAAGGAAACUCGCCGAGUCGUACCAGGCCAUCCAGCAAGGCCAGCAGAGGGCAGCGGCCGGUGAAGACGAAGAUGACGAUGAUGUCCCCGAUUUGGUCGAGAACUUUGAAGAGGCGGCUAAAAUCUCUGAGGAUGCGGAGAAGGCCAACAGCCUGGAUUAGGGUGGUUUAGGAGAUGGUGGUGGCAGUGGUGGGGUGCCUCGGAUCGAUUUUGUGGAGGGUGUUUCGGGGCGCCGGUGUGGGAGGAUGCAGCCAGCAGCAGUUAUUGUAACGGAGAAGGGGUUGUCGUUUCGGUGACGGUCUUUUUUCACAAAAAGCAAAAGGAUUGGAUUCAUGGAUACUAAAGCAAAAAACCUAAACCUCUUUUUUUCUUCUUCUUGGAACGGUCGACGAGGAGAGAGAGAGAGGGAAAUGAGAGAAGAAGUGGCAAGUUGUGGGAGGGGGCUUUGUGUAACUUUCUCUCAACGCAUCGUUUGGCCAUUUAUUGCCCUUUCUUUCGCUUCACUUAUUCCAUCGCCAUUCUUGCUAUCUACCCUUUCUUCGACGCGUCGUCUUCUCUCCUUCGAACCCUUUUCUUGUCCCGGUUGUUUGGUUUGUUUCGCUGAUCUGUGCAACCCAUGAUUGCUACCCCUUCCUCCAGAUUGUAAUGAUAUCUCUCGCUUUCGAUGCUUCUCGUUUUGGUUGCUGAGCACGCCAUUUAGGUUUGCCAAGAGGAGUGCUGAGGCUAGCCUAGUCAGGUUUAGCUUGCCUUGUUUUUGUGACGGUUUUUCUG